AUGGCCCCCCCUUCCCAGCUCACCGUCGCGACUCUGUCCGUCACCCGUCUCCUUAAGGAGGAGAUCUCCUACGAGAAGGAGCUUAUCCAGCAGAAAGCUAAGGUCGCGACGCUGGAGGCCGAGAUCAAGGAGGGCAAGCCUGAUGAGGACGGCAACCGGGAGUACAUGCUCAAGCAGCUGAAGCUGGCUGUGGAGGAGACGGAGAAGGUCUUCCCUGCGCUGCGCACGCGCGUCGAGGACGCGACCGUCAAGUUGGAGGAGCAAAUUGCCCUGGCUGAGAGCGGCGGCGCCACUGAGGACGAGCUGGCCACGGCUAAGCUGGCCCUGUCGAAGGGCAAGGAGGAGAAGACAUACACUGUCGACGUUCCCACGGCCUCGGCGUAA